UGAGGGAUUCCCAGUUAACAUCAAGACCGACAAUGGCCCACCCUUCAACGGAGAAGAUUUCAAGAACUACUGUUCUGAGCGCGGCAUAACGCAUGUGUUGUCUACACCAUUAUUCCCCCAGCAAAAUGGCCUGGUAGAGAACUCAAUGAAACUGAUAAACAAAGCUAUGGCAACAGCAGCAUAUCUUGGACACGAUUUCAAUGACGAACUACAAUCAGCUAUCAGAGCCCACAACUCAGCAGCCCAUUCCAUAACCAAAGUUCCUCCAGAAGAAUUAAUGUUCGGGCGGAAAAUAAGGCGGUGGCUUCCUCUUCUCAACCCUGGUAAAGUAAAUCAUAAUGAUGAACACAUCAAUAUAAGAGAUCGCGAGUCCAAGAUAAAAGGGAAGCAAAACGAAGAUCGGCGUCGUGGGGCAAAACAGUGCAAAAUUGUCCCAGGGGAUACCGUCAUCGUAGAAAGACAAACGCGCUCCAAAGGAGACAGCAGAUUCGACCCAAAGAAAUACAUAGUCACUGAACAGAAAAAGGGAAAUCUCGUGUUAACGGGAAGUGAUGGACAACAGUUAAGAAGGCACGUGUCACAAACAAAGCUAGUUCACGAAUGGCGAAAUCCGAACUACAAACAUGUCAGCCAGGAACAGGCUACAAAACGACAGACCAGAGAAAAGAAGUUACCAGCCUACUUGGAAGAUUAUGUGCGUCUAAUAGAAAUCGAGAAAUCUUCACGGGACACUUUGAAGUAAUCCGACAGUCACCACCAGUUAACAACUGAAAUAUUCAAAUAAUCACCAUUGAUUACACGUAUACCGAAUAUUGUAUCAUUAUUAUUAAAUAGUUCAAUCUUAAUCUUGUAAUUGUAAUUUUAAUAUUUUCAUU